AUGCGAUUUACGCCCGUUGCGGAAUUCGACUGCGAGGGGUUCGGGACGUCCAGCUCAUGGAGAGCGCUAGUCGACGCAACACCGAGGCUAGGAAAUACGUGUCCGGGCUUUUCCCAAUGCGUGCAAGAAACGAGCAACGGCAUGCUGUGGAAGAAUCGAAAGGGCCUCGGAGAGAGCCUGUUGGAAUCCAUCCAAGGGGGGGUCUCCUACACGGCUUUCGGCGUCAGACCGCUCCUGACCGAGCUUAUGCUCUACUGCGCCGGCGACGUGCAGCAGCUUCCGGCGCUGUACUUCAAGCAAGCACAGAAAAGAAACGGCUCGCUGGAGGGCCUUGAUUGCGGAGCAGUCGCAGAAGAGGGUGUCAGACUCUCAGCGGGCUGGGUAUUGUCCUCACGGUCCGGGUAG